CCCAUAUCAACAAAAACCCAUAAGAGUUACGAUGCCCUUGCCAUUUAAAGUCCUGUUCUUCCUCAGCCUUGUUUUAGGUUCGUCUUUCCAUUUCAUUGCUUCUACUGCUUCUUCAAGAUCUGCAACAGCUCCUGUUGGAGUGACGGAAGUAGAGGCACUUCUACUAUGGAAGGCUAGUCUUGACAAGGAAAGUCAAUCCACCUUGUCUUCUUGGUUCGGAACCAGGCCCUGCACUUGGGUAGGGAUUCGUUGUGGUUCGUUUGGGAGCAUCACUCAUCUAAACCUUUCCUCCUCAGGUUUGAAAGGCAAGCUAGAAGGUUUGAACUUCUCCCUUUUUCCCAACCUUACCCAUAUUGAUCUUAGCAUUAACUCACUCCAUGGAAACAUUCCUUCACAGAUUGGCCAUCUGCCCAAACUCGUCUACCUAAACUUUUCUUUCAACUAUCUCCACGGUUUCAUUCCUAACAAAAUUGAAUUAUUAAGAUCUCUUUCUAAACUUGAUAUGUCAAACAAUAAUUUCACAGGUUCUAUCCCAAUUUCUAUAGGAAAUUUGAAAAGCUUAUAUGUUCUUUACCUUUACAACAACAAACUCUCUGGUUUCAUUCCCCAAGGAAUUGGGUUGUUAAGAUCUCUUUCUGAACUUGAUUUGUCUGAAAACAAUCUCACAGGUCCAAUCCCAACUUCAAUAGGGAAUUUGAUAAAUUUAUCCGUCCUUUACCUUUACAAUAACAGACUCUUUAAUUCCAUUCCCCAAGAAAUUGGAUUGUUAAGAUCUCUUUUUGACCUUGAUUUGUCUUACAACAGUUUCACAGGUCCAAUCCCUGCUUCGAUAGGAAAUUUGAUAAACUUAUCCGUUCUUGACCUUAACAACAACAAACUCUCUGGUUUGAUUCCCCAAGAAAUUGGAUUGUUAAGAUCUCUUUCUGACCUUAAAUUGUCUUACAACAGUUUCACAGGUCCAAUCCCUGCUUCGAUAGGAAAUUUGAUAAACUUGUCCGUUCUUUACCUUAACAACAACAAACUCUCUGAUUUAAUUCCCCAAGAAAUUGGAUUGUUAAGAUCUCUUUCUGUCCUUGAAUUGUCUUACAACAGUUUCACAGGUCCAAUUCCUACUUCGAUAGGAAGUUUGAUAAACUUAUUCUUUCUUUACCUUAACAACAACAAACUCUCUGGUUCCAUUCCCCAAGAACUUGGUUUGUUAAGAUCUCUUUCUGACCUUGUAUUGUCUGACAACAAUUUCACAGGUUCAAUCCCUGCUUCAAUAGGAAUUUUGAGUAAUUUGUCUUAUCUUUUUCUUGUCAACAACAAUUUAUCGGGUUCAAUACCUCAAGAGAUGAACGGCCUAAGAAAUUUGAAAUCUCUACAGUUAAAAAACAAUAAGUUUGUUGGUUCUUUACCACACAAUAUUUGCCUAGGUGGGUUGCUUACCAAUUUCACUGUAGCAAACAACAAUUUCACUGGCCGAAUCCCCAAAACUUUAAAAAAUUGCACCAACUUGUAUAGAGUUAGGCUCGAUGGAAAUCAGUUCUUCGGAAAUAUAACAGAAGAUUUUGGCAUAUACCCUAACUUGAAUUAUAUUGACUUGAGUAAUAAUCAAUUCUAUGGUGAACUUUCAUGGAAAUGGGGGGAGUGUCAUAAUUUGAAAAACAUGAAAAUCUCCAAGAAUAAUAUUUCUGGUGAGAUUCCGGCUACUCUUGGGAUGAUGACUCAGUUACAGAGACUUGAUCUUUCUUUCAAUUAUCUAACUGGAGAGAUUCCAAAAGAGUUGGGUAGGUUGACAUCAUUGAUGGAUUUAUCGCUACAAGGUAACCAACUAUCAGGCAAUAUCCCUCCAAAAACUGGAAUGCUACAUGAUCUUCAAACUCUGAAUCUAGCAGCAAACAACUUAACUGGAUCACUUUCCAAGGAGAUCGAAAACUGUUCAAAACUUCAAUUCUUGAAUUUGAGCUUGAACAGGUUUGUUGGAACCAUUCCUUUAGAAAUUGGUGAUUUACACUCUCUAGAAAAUAUUGAUCUCAGUCAAAAUUUGUUGAUGGGAGAGAUACCGCCACAGCUUGGGAACUUGCUAAUGUUGGAAACUGUAAAUCUUUCGCACAACAUGCUCUUUGGUUCCAUUCCAUCAACUUUUGAAAAUGGUUUGUCAAGCUUGACAACUGUAAAUGUAUCCUUCAAUCAAUUAGAAGGUCCUAUUCCAAACAUCAAAGCUUUUCAUGAGGCUUCAUGUUUUGCUCUUCAAAGUAAUAAAGGGUUGUGUGGCAACACUACAUGUUUGAAGGCCUGUGUUCCUAUUUCAAGCAGAAAAGGCCUCAUUUGGAUCAUAAUACCCCUUUUGGGUAGCCUACUUUUGUUGCUUAUCUUGAUCAUAGGUCUUUUUGCUCUAUGCCGAAGAUGUAAAAGUAAAAAUAAAACAUCAGAAGAGAAGAACUGCGAGCAAAUUUUUGGUAUAUCAGGCAAUUUUGGAAAAAGAUUCUAUCAAGAUAUCAUCGAGGCAACAGAUGAAUUCAAUUCCAAUUAUUGCAUCGGUACAGGAGGACAUGGACACGUUUACAAAGCUGUGUUAUCAUCAGGUCAAGUGGUUGCUGUGAAAAAGCUUCAUCUCUCAGAAGAUGGUGAGCUAACCAAUGUGAAGGCUUUUAAAAAAGAGGUUGUUGCCCUGACAAAUAUACGACAUCGAAAUAUUGUGAAGCUACAUGGUUUUUGUCCACAUGCAAAACACCCUUUCUUGGUGUAUGAGCUCAUUGAAAAGGGAAGCUUGAAAGUGAUACUAAACGAUGAGAAACAAGCAAUGGAAUUGGAUUGGGUCAAGAGGCUGAAUGUUGUUAAAGGGGUGGCCCAUGCUCUGGCUUAUAUGCACCAUGAUUGCUCACCUCCCAUAAUUCACCGCGACAUUUCUAGCAACAACAUUCUCUUGGAUUCAAAAUUUGAAGCUCAUGUCUCUGAUUUUGGCACAGCCAAAUUUUUAAAGUCUAAUUCUUCCAGCUUAACCUCCCUUGCAAUUGCAGGAACGUUGGGAUAUAUGGCUCCAGAGCUGGCUUACACAACGAAAGUGAAUGAGAAAUGUGACGUCUACAGCUUUGGCAUGCUAACACUCGAGAUCAUGAGAGGCAAUCAUCCUGGUGAUCUCAUCUUGGCUCUAUUUUCAUCGUCAUCAUCAUCAUUGGCGUCAUCCUCGACAUCAUCGCCGAUCACACACCAUACAUUACUGAGUGAUGUGGUAGACCAACGCCUCCGACCACCAAGAAGUCGAGUUGCAGAAGGUGUGGUCUCUACUGUACAAUUAGCAUUUGCAUGUUUGCAUGCUAAUCCACAGUAUCGACCAACCAUGCAAACUAUUUCUUCUGCACUUACAACUCGAUGGCCUCCACUUGCCAAGUCAUUCUCCUUGAUAGAAUUGGGAGAGCUCAUUGCUCACUGAAGCUCCCAAUGACAGCCUUUCAUAAAAUCUUAGUCACUGUUUCUUCUAUGUUGAUCUUUUUCUUGUUUGGUUUAAUUUCCAUGUAAUUUGCUUUUCUGCAUAUGAAAUGAGAAAUGAACUUUGCAGGUUUUCUUA